AAAGAAAGUCCCAUGCAUCCUUUCUGUUUGUUGGUCAACAACCAACCCAAUCUUCACUACUCGAAGAAGUCUCCCUCUUUUUUUGGGGGAGCGGAAACAAGAAAAGAUAGAAAAAAACGAAAUGGAAUGGCUAUUCCUCACGAUUGCUCCUUGUGAUGCAGCGGAACCAUGGCAAUUAGGAUUUCAAGACGCAGCAACACCUAUGAUGCAAGGAAUAAUAGACUUACAUCACGAUAUCUUUUUCUUCCUCAUUCUUAUUUUGGUUUUCGUAUCACGGAUCUUGGUUCGCGCUUUAUGGCAUUUCCACUAUCAAAAAAAUCCAAUCCCGCAAAGGAUUGUUCAUGGAACUACUAUCGAGAUUAUUCGGACCAUAUUUCCUAGUAUCAUCCUGAUGUUCAUUGCUAUACCAUCAUUUGCUCUGUUAUACUCAAUGGACGAGGUAGUAGUAGAUCCAGCCAUUACUAUCAAAGCUAUUGGACAUCAAUGGUAUCGGACUUAUGAGUAUUCAGACUAUAACAGUUCCGAUGAACAGUCACUCACUUUUGACAGUUAUACGAUUCCAGAAGAUGAUCUAGAAUUGGGUCAAUCACGUUUAUUAGAAGUUGACAAUAGAGUGGUUGUACCAGCCAAAACUCAUCUACGUAUUAUUGUAACACCUGCUGAUGUACCUCAUAGUUGGGCUGUACCUUCCUUAGGUGUCAAAUGUGAUGCUGUACCUGGUCGUUUAAAUCAGAUAUCUAUUUCGGUACAACGAGAAGGGGUUUACUAUGGUCAGUGCAGUGAGAUUUGUGGAACUAAUCAUGCCUUUACGCCUAUCGUCGUAGAAGCUGUUCCUAGUAAAGAUUAUGGUUCUCGGGUAUCCAAUCAAUUAAUCCCACAGGGAAGCUGAAGCGGAAAUGAAAGAGUAGGGUGAGGAAUAAGGGGGGAAGCCACUAAAUGGAAGGCUCCGCUCGCUCUAACGCUCGUUUAGUAGACAGCGAGUGGAGUGCAUAAGCCCCUUACUUAUAGGGGCGAGUACUACACGAGCUCGUAAGUCAAGUACGGAACGAGCGAAGGAGAGCGACCUCAUCUUGCUUGCUUCUGGCGAAGCGGCCCACCACUUCACUUCAUAGGAGCGCUAGCGAAGCCGUAUAAAGGCAAACAGCUCGUAUAGCUCGCAAUAGCGAGCCUACUUAUAGCUUUUUUU